AUGGGUGAAGGUCGACAAGGAUUUAUAGAGAGAAAUUGCAAGUAUACUAAUUGUUACGUCACAGGUGAUAAAAAUUUACUCGGGGACGUUAGCAAGUUCGAUGUCAUCGCGUUUUGUGGACCUGAAGUCUCCUACACGCCUACAGUGAAACUAAAACCCCCGAAACGGUCUCCACAUCAGAAGUAUACUUUUGCAAGUAUAGAAUCAGCAGGAAACUACCCGAUUUGCUCCAACAGGUUGGAUAACUUUUUUAAUUGGACAUGGACCUACCGUUUAAACUCUGAGAGUAGAUGGGGAUACUUAGUUGUUAGAGAUGCGGAAAAUAAAAUUAUAGGUCCGAAUAUUGAUAUGCAUUGGAUGAAGUUAGAAGAUAUGGAUCCCGUCAGCGAAGAGUUAGUAGUACAAUUGAGAAAUAAAACCAAAGUAGCAGCCUGGUUCGUGUCUCACUGUGGAACAAAAAAUCGCCGAGAGAAAUUCGCUGAGAAAUUGCAACAAGAAUUGAAACCUUACAACUUGACAAUAGAUGUGUACGGUAGAUGCGGGCCGCUCAGUUGCAAAGGUACAGAGGAGUGUUUCCAAUUGAUAAAGACUGACUAUUAUUUCUAUUUAUCGUUCGAGAACUCAUUUAGUAAAGAUUACGUGACCGAGAAACUGUUACAUGCCCUGAGAUACAAUGCAAUUCCUAUUGUUUAUGGAGGUGCUAACUAUACAAGGUUUAUGCCAGACGGAAUAUAUUUGAAUGCAAGAGAGCUCGGAGCCAAAGAGCUAGCUAAAAAAAUGAAAUAUCUUAUAGAUCACCCCGAAGAAUACAAAGAAUUUUUCCGAUGGACAAACCACUACACUUACUACAGAACAACCGAAAACGUUGAGACUGAUGACUAUUGCAGUCACUGUGCUGUUCUGAACAAUGAAGAAAUGGUGAAGAAGACGUCUAUAUAUAAGAAUUUUAAGAAAUGGUGGAACGACCCUGAGCAUUGUCCUGAUUUUGACUAA